AUGUCUUUCACACGCGCCAUUCCCCGCGCCAGCACGAUCGUCCGCACACAAACACCAGUUCUCAACCCAGCACGAAAUUUAUCUUUUACCGCAGCCCGCAAAUCGGCAGAUCAUGGGGAUCAUUAUGAUCCGCCGACCGGAUGGUUGUUUGGAGUGAAGCCGGGAGAGAAGCCGGAGAAGGAGGGAUGGGAGAAUUUGUGGGUGUAUGGAUUUUUUGGGGCGUGUGCUUUUGGGGUUGUGGGUUAUGCGGUUAAGCCGGAUACUUCGAUACAAACAUGGGCAUUAGAAGAAGCACGCAGAAGGUUAGAAGCCGAAGGGAUCUUGAAGGAGCCAGAAGACAAAUCAUAG